UUAAUCCAGCCUCUUCCAGAUAUCUCCCCUGAGAACGCCCCAGCCCCAAAGCCUGUAUAGAGAAUCUAGAGAAGGAGAAACAACAGGGGGUCUUGAAGUGGGCCUCCCUGGGUUCCCAGGAAUCUUGGAGGCCGCCCAAGCAGUGGUGUGGGAGGCUACAGGACUGGUUUAAAACCAAGCAGGCCCAGCUGCUGCCUCUUCUCCGGGACUGAGGACAGAGACCAGCAAUCAGGGACUCCUGCGGUACCCACGCAGCAACAUCCCAGCCCAGGGAGAUCUGUGUGAGGACAGUCCACAGGAAAAGAAGAACCCAAGAGAUGAAGGGCCUCCUCACAUUGGCUUGGCUCCUGGCUUGCAGUGUGCCUGCAGUCCCAGGAGGCUUGCUAGAACUGAAGUCCAUGAUUGAGAAGGUGACUGGGAAGAAUGCUGUUAAGAACUAUGGCUUCUAUGGCUGCUACUGUGGCUGGGGCGGCCGCGGGACCCCUAAGGAUGGCACUGAUUGGUGCUGUCGGAUUCAUGACCAUUGUUAUGGGCAACUGGAGGAGAGACACUGUGCCAUCCGGACCCAGUCCUACGACUACAGAUUUACACAGGGCCAAGUUGUCUGUGAACCGGACUCUUUCUGUCCCAUGAGGCUCUGUGCCUGUGACCGGAAGCUUGUCUACUGCCUGCGGAGAAACCUCUGGAGUUACAACCCUCUUUACCAGUAUUACCCCAACUUCCUUUGCUAAUGUCCUGUGUGAGCUCUACCCUGGGGGUGCCUCCCACAUUGUGGUCCCCUUCUGCUGUAUACCCGAUGCAUCUACCCAAGGUAUCUGGCUUCCUCGGUGCACCAGUGGGCUGGACAGAGCCCCAGAGCUAUGCUCUUCCCUCCAGAGACCUAGAGAGGGAUUGUGAUCUAGAGUUGGCAGACUCCCAGGAUGACCGAGCCUGCACUUGCUAAGUUGGCUCUGGGCCCUGGAGCUCCCUCAGCUCCAGGCCAGCGCUGUGUUGACUUUUCUUUCAAUUUCUGGAACCCGGCUGUCAUUAAGACCCUCCAGAGACCUUUUACUGGAGGAGAAACCAAAUUAACUCUAUAAAUCUGCUAUGUAGAUAUUAAAUAAAACCCAUUCUCAAGGCUAGAAAAACAGCACCCCAGCACUUCCUCUGAUGGGGCUGGGGUAGGAUUGCCCACGCUUUUCUAACCCUUGAGGCAUCUGUAGGCUCUUGGAGGAGGAGGUCAGGAAACAGAUGGGAGACUUAGAUGCCUUUCACCGUUUGUCUUGAGUUCAUUUUCUUAAACCUUAGGAUCCUUCAAGCCAGACCUGGGGCUCAUCCUUCUUCUGGAGGAAGAUGAGACACAGCCCUAUGCCAUCUUGAGCUCCUGGUUAGAGAGGACAACAGUCAGCUUCCAGCCCUGGCUUCUGCAGCUGUGUGGCCUUUUGAAUCCCCCCCCAGAUAGUCUGAAUCUCUCUGGCUCUCUUCAAAAUAUAAAACAAGACUCCUUCCAGGAGCAUACUGGGGCACACCCUUAAUCCUAGCACCCGGAAGGCGGAAGCAGGAGAGUCAGGAGUUCAAGGCCAGCCUCUGCUCCCUAGCACGGAUGGUAGGCUAGACUAUGUGAGGCUGUGUCUCAGAAAGGACCGAUUGACUAAUGAAAAGGAGGCACCCUGUUCUCAUCUGAUGCAGAUACAGGGAUGCUGGGGUUCAGAGAUGUCACUCAGUGAGAAAAAUGGUUUAAAUAAGAUUCGAGGGGGUGCAUGCAUAUCAGUGGUAGAAUGACUAUUUUUUCACCGAGUUAAGGGCACUGAAAAUCUCAAUUCAUCUAUUGCUUCAUAAAAGAUAGGGCUUUCUCAUAGAAACCUGAAGGGAUGAAAAGAACAAGAAAGGAGUGUCCUUCCUGAGGAAGGGUCUUGGCUUCUUCACACGCACCUGCAGAAUAUGCACAGGACACGUGAGAUCUAUAUUUAGAGACCUCUAGUGUUCAAACAUUUUCUAAAUAAAGCUAAU